CUGAAAUCAGUUCACCUUCAAAGGCAGAAACUUUUCUUUGAGACGCCAUCAUCUAACGCCAACAUGAAGCGGCUACUGCUGCUCUGCCUGUGUGUCUACGCUGUGCGUUGUCAAGACGAUUAUGACGAAUAUGACCUGGGGGACAAAACAGAUCCCAAAAAAGUGGUAGACCCUCGCGGCCACCGUCCCUUGUCCAGAGGGAGUGAGACCUACUCCCCCGUCCGCAACAACCCCCCUCCCGUCAGCGGCGGCAGCCAAUACCGUGGGCGACCCACGGCGGCUCCCGCAAGAGGCGUGGCGGCGCAGGAGAAGGAUGAGCAACCGGAGGCUGGAGGGUGUACACAUGCCUCAGAACAAAUGGGGGUGCUGUGUCCUACCGGCUGUGAGCUGAAGACGGCCAUGCUGAAACAAGAGAGGAACGUGAAAGAGGAAGUGAAGAGGAUGCAGAAAGAUGUUGACGACCUGUCGAGAUCCUCUAACACCAUCUAUAACUACGUAGACGGCAUGUCCUCAGCGCUGAGAGAGAGACAACUAGUCAGCAAUGAGAAUGGUGACCUGGUGAGUCAGUACACGGACAGUCUGGAGUCCCAGCAUGCCUUUGCAAAGGAGGCCAUAGACACAGUCUUCCCUUCUAACAUUAGGAUUCUUCAAGGGGUCCUUGAGAAAAUCCGGUUGAAGAUUCAGAGAGUGGAGAAGGCUAUCCUGGCCCAGAGGGAAGAAUGCAAGGAGCCGUGCACUGUCUCCUGCCCCAUACCUGUUGUCUCUGGAAAGGAGUGUGAGGACAUCUUCAGGAAAGGAGGAAGGGAUUCUGGGAUGUAUCUGAUCCAGCCUGACUCCUUCUACCAGCCCUACAAGGUCUACUGUGACCAGACCACACAGAAAGGAGGCUGGACCACUAUCCAGAACAGGAAGGAUGGUUCUGUGGACUUUGGCCGGCGUUGGGACAACUACCGCAGUGGUUUCGGAAAUAUCGCCUUCGACGUCGGAAAGGGACAUUGCAACACUCCAGGGGAGUACUGGCUGGGUAACGACCGCAUCAGUCAGCUGACCAAGCAGGGACCCACUGAGGUCCUCAUGGAGAUGGAGGAUUGGUCCGGGAACAAGGUCCACGCCCAGUACCGAAAGUUUACUAUACAGGGCGAGACAUCCAACUACAUAUUGGCGAUCGAUGGGUAUUCAGGAACAGCCGGUAACGUGAUGCUGGACGGAGCUACGACGCUGUUUGGAGAGAACCGGACCAUGACCAUCCACAAUGGAAUGAUGUUCAGCACCUACGACAGAGACAACGAUAACUGGACCCCAGGUGACCCGUCCAAGCAGUGCUCCCGUGAGGACGGCGGUGGUUGGUGGUACAACAGGUGUCACUCAGCCAAUCCAAACGGCCGUUACUACUGGGGCGGUGCUUACACCCGGUACAUGGCAAAACACGGGACGGAUGACGGCAUGGUGUGGAUGAACUGGAAGGGAUCCUGGUACUCUCUCAAAGCCAUCUGCAUGAAGAUCAGGCCCUACUUCGCCUCGCGGUAGACACACACAGGGGGACACACAGACACACACACAGAGACACACACAGACACACCGAGAGACACAAAGAGACACACCGAGAGACACAGGAAGGGACCUUUAGCUGAAUCAGGUCAAAAACAAAGGUUUGCACCCCUUUCGGGUAACCAGGACAAUUCAACUCUGACCCUACGAGGUCUGUAGCUGACUUUCUGUUCUACCUGAUAAUUAACUGCACCCACCUGGUAGUCCCAGGUCUAAAUCAGCCCCUGAUUUAGAGGGAAACACCUGGUGGUCCCAGGUCUAAAUCAGCCCCUGAUUUAGACGGGAACACCUGGUAGUCCCAGGUCUAAAUCAGCCCCUGAUUUAGACGGGAACACCUGGUAGUCCCAGGUCUAAAUCAGCCCCUGAUUUAGAGGGGAACACCUGGUAGUCCCAGGUCUAAAUCAGCCCCUGAUUUAGAGGGGAAACCUGGUAGUCCCAGGUCUAAAUCAGCCCCUGAUUUAGACGGGAACACCUGGUAGUCCCAGGUCUAAAUCAGCCCCUGAUUUAGAGCGGAACACUGAAAACAAGGUACUGGCUUGGAGGUUCUCUAUGUUCGUACUGUAUGUGAGAGCCAACAGAGAGCAGCACUCAGUUUCCCCCAAUGUGUCAUAAUCAUAAUCUGAUCUAAAUCUCUGAAACACUAAAGGAAACGUAUAAUGACUUCAAUAGGGGCUUUGUUUUAAAGACACUACAGAGGAACAAAUGGUGCAUGACGCAAGAGGAAAAGAGAGAAAAAGGAUGUUGUUGUUUCAAACCUGAACCUGAUAUCUUAAUUAUUAUUUUUUUUAUAAGGUUGAACAAAGAAAAGUCAAGUAAAAAGAGGAGUUUAAAUGAAGAUUAAAAAAAAAAACAGAUGUUUUUUCGCUGUGUGAUGUGAUGAUGUGUGUGUGAUUGUCCCUUACGUUACUCAAUAAAAACAUAUGUGUUGUCGCUGUGUGAUGUGAUGAUGUGUGAUUGUCCCUUACGUUACUCAAUAAAAACAUAUUGUGGAACUCA